GAAGUCGCACAUAAUUCUCUCUUUAUCGUUACGUUUUUUCAAAUUACCUUCGUCCGAAAUGGGUAAACGUAAAAGAUCAAAGUCAAAGGAAUAUGAUCAUCUACUGAAAAAGAUGAAAAAACUUGAGGAAAAAAUACGGGAAAGACGAUCAAUAUCAUCGUCCUCAUCAAAUACUGAUCAAGUUUUAAAUACAUACUCAGAAGAGGUGGACAAUACAAGUAUAGUCUUAUCACCGAUAAUUCCAGAUGAAAUCAGCAUCCAAGCCACGGAACAAGUUGUGGAAAAUACUGAACCUGAAUUGGAUCCAGAAAUUUUGCAACUACUAGGCUCUGACCCCACAAAACAAACUAAUUUUGGCGAAAAUCUACAUAAAGAUAUAAUGCCUAGGUGGAAGCAUAUUCUCAUCAAUGGCCUGGACAAAGAUACAAAAGCCGAUAUUUUGAAAAGUCACUUACCGCCUGAAAACUGCCCGCAUUUAAAAGCGCCCAAACUAAAUGCAGAAAUAAAGGCCGCUUUAAAUGAAAUUAACUGCAAGAAAGAGUGUUUUAAUGAAAAUAAGCAAAACCAGCUUGCAAGUUGCUUGGCCGCCCUUGGCAAGGCCCUUAAUAUUGCCUUAGUUGGUAACUACACUGAGAUUAUUAAACCACUCAGUGAUGCUGGGCGGCUCCUAUGUGACUUGCACUUUAGAGAAUCACAAUCCCGCCGAUAUUCUAUAAUAAAUACAUUAAAUAAGGAUAUAAGAGAAACUGUUAAAAAUACAAAAAUUGAUGAAUAUCUGUUUGGCUCUGACUUGGGUGAACAAUUGAAAACAGCAAAAGCUAUAAGUAAAUCUAGCUCUGAAUUAAGAAUUCCAAAGCCUCAAUUGAAACCUACACCUCAACGGGGCGCUUUAAACUCUCGGGGGGCGCGGGGUGCAGCCUCGACAACGCGUCCGACUCAACGGAGGCCGAGCGCGGGCGCCGCGAGGGAGCGCGACCGCGACCGGGGACACCGUGCGGCCACGGGCUCCGCGAGGAACACCAGCCAGCGCGGGAGAGCCAGGAGAUACUAGCCUCACCGGAUGACUCACAGCGAGGCACAUCCACUACAUGCGAGUCUUACCCUGGUGGCAGCGAGGUUAUCAGGCAAGCAUUGUUGAGACAAGGGAUUCCAGCAACUUCAUUGCAUAUUUUUAUGGCCUCAUUCUCUGUUAAUACAAUUUCCCAG